CUCGAUCGCGCUAUUGUCAUGGAGACGGGAAGCUGGCGGCAGCGGCAGCGGGGACAGCUGGGCCGAGGUGGCUUCCAGCCGGCCAAUGCCUAAGCGAGGCGGAACGCCCCGGGCGGCCCGAGCCUGGGGCAGCGCGGAGCCGACCAGUGGUGGCCUCGCCGGCGGCCUCUUCCCGGGCUCGCGGUGGGCCUGAGUCUUCGCCGGGAGCUCCCGGGAGCAGCGUCCCCGCCCUGCUCCCCUCGCUCCCGCCUCUUGCGGCCCCACGGCCCCUCAGCGCCCGCCCCCGGCUCCGCCCGCCGCAGCGGCAGCCCCUGGCGCUAACGGUCGGUAACGGCCCGCGCGCGCCGCCAGCCGGGGGCUCGCGCCAGCCACGAGGGAGCGUCCGCGGCCCGCGCGCCCGCGCGGCGGAGGAGAGGUGAUAAGUGUGAUGCUUCCGUAAUACAUUUGGAUGUUGUCAGCUAAGUUCACUUCUGAACUAAGGGGUUCCUCCAAAUGUUGGCUGAAAUUUGUCCUUGCACAUCCCAAGGCUCGUCUGCAAAGUCUACAAUUCAUAAUGGAGCUACUGUACUGGCUAUUGGAAGGAGGAGAUUCUGAAGAUAAGGAGGAUGCCACUGGAAAUGUUAAAAUGAAAAAUAUUCAGUGAUCGGUCUUUGAAAUUUCCUGUGAUGUGUUUCAAUCUAGAUGCAAAGGACAUGGAAAAAUCAAAGUGCUUGAGUGGUUUAAAUAUGUUUUGGAUGUUCCUGUUUAUAAACGAUAAUACUUUUCCAAUUAAAAUCCUCAGUUGUCAUGCAGAAGAAAGUUAAGCUCUACUUGAUUGCCAAUUUUACUGAAAAUGCUUAGUAUUUUACAGUAUCACUGAAUAUAUUUUGUUUAGCCAAAGUAUAGGAAAAAUAAAAUAAAUUGUAUAGGUUGA